AUGAAGUUGGAUGAUGCACUCUGGGCCUACAGAACUGCUUAUAAGGCUCCCACAGGUUUAUCCCCAUUCCAGCUGGUAUAUGGCAAGUCAUGUCACUUACCGGUCGAAUUGGAACAAAAGGCAUUAUGGGCCUUGAAAUUCUUGAAUUUUGAUCCAAAGGUAGCAAGAGAAAAGAGAAAAUUACAGUUGCAAGAAUUAGAAGAAAUGAGACUCAACGCUUAUGAGUCCUCUAAGCUCUACAAGGAAAAGAUGAAAGCUUAUCAUGACAAGAAAAUUCUCAAAAGAGAAUUUUAUCCUGGCCAAUCAGUGUUGUUGUUCAACUCCAGGUUGAGAUUAUUCAUUCGAAAGCUAAAAUCAAAGUGGUCAGGACCAUUUCUUGUCAAAAAUGUGAAACCCUAUGGAGCCUUGAGUUAG